GCGGAGGCGGCGGGAAGCAAAUUGUCGCUUGGGGCCGUAUGAUAUCGGGAAAAAAGUUGAGGGAUUUGCAAUUCGCAUUUCGAAAACACAUAACAGCAGCAAGAGCAGGAUGUUUAUUUCCACUAAAGCAGUAUAAUUUUGGAAGUGGUCUCCGAGAAAAAGUUUGGGAAUCUCUGUUUUAAUCGGAUAAUGUCAUCACCAUGGUUUAUAUUUUUCUAUUAUCUGUUUUAAAAAUUUUGUCAUGGAGUCGUGCAAUGGGAAGCAAAAAUUAUUCUUUGAUUAAAUUACAUUUAUCUUGAAUUGAAUACAUUGUUAAGAAAGUUUUUCUUUUUUAAUUUUAUAAUUAGGUGUCAUAUACGAUUCAUUAUAUAGUACUUACAAGAGAAAAUAAGAAGAAAAAUCGGUAUUUCCAUGUAAAUGGCUCGUACUCGUAAACUAACGUCUAUAACCUGUUAUCACAGGCAAUGUUGCGGGCGUCUCACCAACUCAAUGUUGUAAUUUUUAUCGUAAAUCAUACAUAAGGUUAUUUUGACCCGUAAUAUCAUAAAAAGUUAUGUAUUUUUGAGGUUAAGUGCUAAGAAGUAUACAAAUUCAAGAUACUUCUCGUAGAAAUCCCGCCAAUUUAUGUCGGCUGCGAAUUCUCAAUGAUGAAUUUUAAUCAAGGGCUUACAAAAAUGAAAGAAAUUGAAGAUAACAAAUCAAAAUCAACUCCUGUUGCAAUGGUAGCACCCGAAUUAAAACAGAAUACUGAAGCCGAUACAGAAAUAACAAAAAACUGCGCAGUUUUAGGAUGUGAGGAAUCAAAAUCUUUAAACUCUGAUUCAUUCUUUAGAUUUCCAGAGGAUGCAAACCUAAGACAAAUCUGGACGGACCUAACAGGCAGAAACAAUUGGACACCCACAGACUACUCAUAUAUUUGUGUGCAGCAUUUCUCUGUUGAUUGUUUUGAAUGUGACGCUGAAAAUAGGGUUGUUCUAAUAAACAAAGCUGUACCUUCAUUGAAAUUACCAAAUCAUGUCCUAGAGGUGGAGUAUAUUGAUGAAGAAACAUUAGACAAUGAUGAUGAUGACGAUGAAGAUGAAAUGGAUACAGAAGAGGAACAUUACAACAAGUCAAAUAAAAAUCCAAAAGAAAAUCAUGUAUCAAACUCAAAUGACAAAAACUUAUCUGAAGAUGAAAACGUUGAGUUGCUGAAACUAUUCACUGAAGUCCAAAGAAUGCAACGACAAGCAAUCGGACUAAGAGACAAAUUAAAAACUAACAUGAGAAUAUACAACAGACAGAAUAGAUUUCUUGGGCGAUUGAAAAAAGUUAUUGAAUCAAAGAAGAAUCUAUUGAACCAGAAGAGAAAGAAAAAAUCAAGAAUUCUGCUUUCUUUGCAAGACAAAAUCAAAGAGGACACAAAUGGAUUGGUCUUGGCCAUGCCCACAAGACACACAGACGAUUUAAAGAAUUUUGCUCUUAGUAUUUAUAAGUAUUCACCUCAAGCAUACAUUUAUGUUAGAAACACAUUACGGACACUGCUACCAAGUACGGAUGUGCUCGAGUCUUGGGUGAACUCGGGUUUUGAACCGAAGAAUGUAAUAUCAGGCACAUCUAUGUUAAAAGUGGUAUCAGAGCAGACUGAAUCAGAACUAUCGUGUAAAGUGUCUUUACAUUAAGAUUAUUUUAGAUGUAGGUUCAAUCUAUUUCCUAAACAAAAAAAUAAAUAAAAUAUUUUUCAAUGAA